ACGAAGGUCAUGGUCAACAUCGGGCUGUGUGUACCCUCUGAAGCGGGCUCGGAGGUUUGUUUCAUACCAUCAUUAACCGAUUGUGUUUGGCACAAAAAGGAUAAAUUGCGUUCAUCCAACAAUAUGGAAGGUACUACCCAGGCAGCGUCAUCAUAGGAGGUCAAGCCUGGUGCCGAGGAUUGUGUGGAGCAUUAGGGUGAUGCCUGGCUCUACAAGAUGUUGCCUUGGCAAGCUGGGAAGGAGUCGAGUGUCUUGGAAGCAGCGACCGUCGGUAUAUAUUCUGCGGAGAACAUGAUUAUCAGCUCAGAGAUGGACGACCUUGAUGAGCAGUUCUGGGGUGUCUACCGUCAGACACACCGCGCUAUUGGUAUCGGGCGUUAUGAUUAUCACAGGACCAACGAAUGGCGAAGAGGAGCAUCUUUUGCGGUGUUUGGGCUCUUUCGGAGGAGACACGAAGGUGUUUGGGAGAGCAGGUCUCAGUCAGGAAAGUCAUCUCUUCUGGAUCGUUCUUUCCGUACUCAGGACGGGUUUCGUUCAAAGGAAUGGAAGGAAGGAAGAAGGGGUUACCGGUUGUUUCAUGCGAAAGAAGGAACCCAACGCAUAUAUGAAUUUCUAUCGCGGGAAGGCGUGUCGAUGUGUUAUCCCUUAUCAAGCAUUCAGCUCAGUUCGAUUGCCUUUUUUGUUAGCGCGUUAACGAUACCUCUGUUUCUCUUUUCCGUUUGAUUGUUUCGCAUUUGGUUCAGUUUCCGCGGAUAUCAUUUCGAGUAUUUUUUCUCUCCUGGUCUUUUGAAGUUUCUAUUCGUUAUCUCGGUG